CAUGGACAGAUGGAGCGCGAGAGACUUGCUAAAAGAUGAGCGAGUCACUGCUAACGGAGUAUGUGGGCCGUGUAAUCGAUAGGUAUCAGGCAGGCGAUGAGGUAGGUUUCUCAUGUCUUCUAAACGCUUCUCUAGUCGCUCCGCUCUACGUUCUUCUCUAGGGCUGCUUGUUGGCUCUUUUCACGCAAUCAUCACUGUCAAAGUUGGCAUAAUCAAUCAGCAACUUCAUAUACGACUCUACUCCCCACUCAACCUACUCCUUGUCAAAGUUUCUACCUAUUUCAUCAAGGAGCAAGAAAGCAAUCCACACAAAGAGAGUGAAAUGUCUUACCCUCCGAACAGUGCCGUCGUCAUCCGUCGAAGCCCGCAACACGGUAUUCAUAUCACCAAAACCUGCUCGUCAGGCCCAUCAUUAUCUCCGUCAUCACCUUCUCCUGAAACGUCCCAUUCGUGGCCAUCCAUUUCAACUAGCGCUCACACAAUCAUUUGCGCAGAGGCCUAUUGCAACAACAUGAUCGACGUUGUGCCACAUUACUUCAACACUGGAAUUUCUGGUAUAGACAGCAGGGUGUACAUAAAAGCCAGGUGCAAAGAGUGUGAGCCGCCUGUAACAGUGCCUACCUGGUGGGUGGGCCAUAGCAAGGCCAAGCAGGAAGAACAAAAGUGGGAUGAGGCGAGCAGUGAUGACUGGGCAGACGACUUUUGAGGCAUAAGGUAACAGGGACAUUCAGAAGACAGGAGAGGUGUUAGCAUAACUCUUUCAUGUGAAAGCUUGGAGACUGGAUUUGAUCAACACUUAUAUCUAUCCAUCAUGUAUGAUCAUGUCUGUUACUUGAUGUUUCUCAGCGCAGUGGUACACCGCUCAUGUAAAACCCAAGAUGAAAAGACAUGCU